AUGACAAAAGCUACUGUCAAUAGCCUUGGGGAAAUUACUACUAAUGCUGCAUUGGACAACAUUGAACAUUGGCUGGAAAGCAGUUCUGGUCCGUGUCUGUUUCAGGGACCCUUUGGUGUUUUAAAUUUCAUGCAUCAUCACAUGUCCAAUGAACACGCUAUUGAUGAUGCCAAACCUGGCGGCUCAAAAAAAGAAAACAAAAGUCUUGCUGUCAGCAUGAAUUCUGUCACUGACUUGUCCGCAAUGGAACAAACAAGCACUCACCAACAAUUUUCUGAACCCACACCACUAUCUACUGUGGUUUCUACUGUGGUUUCCACCGGUGAAGAUAGUUUCCAAGAUAUCUUCAAUUUUUACUCACCCACAAGUCCCGUGCGCCCUCCUACGCAAGAACCCGAGCUGUCUUCUGUAGAUGUCCUACCACGGGCUCUCGAGCUUCUCCGUCACUUCAAGGAUAAUGUCUGUUCAUUUUCUUUUCCAUUAAGGGGUAAUCCGGAAUGCCCUUGGCAGACGAUUCACCUCCCUGCUGCAAUGUCAACGUACGCCGAGUUACUUGUGAGUCAGAAGGCCAGCCACCAUAGGCUGUCUCUAUUCAAUUCGCUUGUCUCUGCUAGCUGCCUUGACCGUGCACGCCGCUCGCGAAACACAAUAGAUUGUGAAAUGUAUAAUCAGAGUCAAUGGCAUGCUAAGCAGCACCUUGAGCUUGCUUUGAAAGAAGAGAUCACGAGCAGAAAACCAGUAAAAUAUAAGGAACUGCUCGUGGCCAUACUUUCAAUGGUUUAUCUUGAGGUUUUUUCUGGGGAAUACAGAUUUGCUCAAAAAUUUUUGAUUGAAGCAGAAUGCUUGAUAAGAAGGCGAGGAUUUUCAAAAGCGCGAAAAUCUUUCAAAGUUCGAAUUUUGCACCAUAUCUAUACCUGGUUGCGUAUCCUCGCCGAAAGUACCUGCGGUUGUGCCCUUGUCGCAGUGUGCCCGGCACGCCCUAAUUCCAGUCUUGUAUCUGAUGGGGAACUAACACAGAACCUUCAAAGUUUCCGGCUACCAAACGCGGCCACACUCAACGAACUUGACAAGGGAGUUGCAAAGUCUGAUCUCAUUGGAUAUCAGGAUAUACACCUCGAAGUGAUGGGUCUUUGGAACAACAGUCUUUUUCCCAUCAUGUACGGGAUACCGGAGUCCUUGAUGGGUCUUCUGUCACAAGUCAUCCGCCUAGCCAAUGAGCAGGAACUUUUUACGCGUGAUACUCUUGUCGAUGUGGAAGUUGUGACGAAUCUUAGUAAACGGACAAAAAAAUUGGAGCACCACAUUUUGACCUGGGAACUGGAACAACCACCACCACCUAACUCACACCAUUUUGUGGACAGCGACAGCAACGGUAACAGCGACAGAGCCACCCCAAAAGCAUUUUGCCACAACGCAUUUGCCAUGCACCAAGGACUGAUAUUAUUCUACUAUCGUCGCGUACACAAUAUCAAUGCUCUCAUCUUACAGGAGACUGUCCAAAAGGCAUUACACUUUAUCGAGGAGGCAUGCAGCACCAACCAAAAGGAAGGUCAAAAUCUGCCUCUACUAUGGCCUUGUUUCAUUGCUGCAUGUGAAGCUGUUGACAAGUCUACACAAGUGCGGCUGCUGGGUUGGUUGCGUGACAUGUUCUACAGGACAGCUGUUGGUACUUUUCUCACAGCUGCGGAUGUUGCGCAAAGAGUCUGGAAGGCACGGGAGGAAAGUAGUGAUUUUACACUCAGCUGGUUUGAUGUAAUGGAGCAUGAUCGGUGUCCUAUUAUUAUUGUAUAG